AUGAAAGAUAUCGUCACCCUGCCCGCUGACAAAGGACGCUCGACGGUCGUCAUGGAUAAAGUGGAGUAUGGAGCAAAAGUGAACGACCUCUUGAUGGACAAGGAUUCCUACGCACCAUCGACUAUCAGCAAGUUGAAAAAGCUCGUGAACAACAUAAACAAAGCGGUGGACAAACUGAGGAAGUCGGAAGCUCUGACGAGAAGAGAGGCGCUGGCUGCGAAGGCCACCGGUGCUGCAAUGGCACGGUUCUGCUAUCUACCAAAGUUGCACAAACCAGGAGUACCCUUACGCCCCAUCGUAUUCUUACGAGGUACCCCAACUUUUGGGUUGUCAAAGUGGUUGUAUCAGCGACUGUGCUUUCUUAUCAAGGAUUCACAGUGGAAAGUGAAGUCUGCUAAAGAGUUUUUGACCCCCAUCUAA